UUGAAAAGCAAUGCUCUAGCGGUAUCUAUCACAGAAAAAGAGAAAAGAAGGAGGCGAUGGUGUAAGGAAUGGUAUAAAAUGAGAUAUCGAUUCACGCAUGAACAUUUGCAAAGAACUCUUCAAGCAACUGAGCCCGACGAUUAUAAAAAUUUUCUACGAAUGGACAACGAUUCUUUUGAAACGUUGGAGUUGAUUCGACCCAAUAUUGAAAAGCAAGAUACCAAUUUGCGACAAGCUAUUCCUGCCAGCCAAAGGCUUUCUAUAACUCUAAGGUAUUUGGUCACUGGUAUGGACUUGGAAGAUUUAAAGUUUAUGUGUGUUGUCGCUCCUCGUCAUUUGGAUUUAAUAAUACAGGAGACGUGUGAGGCUAUAAUUCGAAAGUUAAAAGAAAAUAUUCGGGUACCGAGAACGACCGAGGACUGGAAAAAAGUAGCCAAAGAGUUCGAGAGACGAUGGAACUUUCCCAACUGUAUAGGUACUGUUGAUGGCAAGCACGUCGAAAUAGAAAAACCUUCAAAUUCUGGAUCUUACUAUUUUAACUAUAAAAAGAUAUUUAGUAUUGUACUUAUGGCUAUUGUAAACGCCAAUUAUCAAUUUAUGAUGGUUGAUGUUGGUGCAAAUGGGCGGAUGUCAGAUGGUGGAACUUUGAAAAAUACAAAUUUUUGGCAAUUGUUUUCUGAAAGUGAAAACAAACUUAAUAUUCCGGAGCCAUGUGAGUUACUAGAAAGCGAUAAAAAGUUUCCGUUUGUACUGGUAGGUGACGAAGCUUUCCAACUGACUCCAAACUUCAUGAAGCCAUACAACAAAGCCGUCUUGACAGACGAAAGACGGAUUUUCAACUAUAGAUUGUCAAGAGCCAGGAGGGUGGUUGAAAAUGCUUUUGGCAUCCUGUCUUCGCGAUUCAAAAUAUUUAAAAAAGACAUUGGACUGCAUCCUGAUAAAACGCGAAAAGUUGUUUUGGCUGCCUGUCGCUUACACAACUAUUUGUGUGAAAAAAAUAAAAACAAAUAUAUUAAACCAGGAGAUAUUGACAUAGAAGAACCAAAUACCACAGUCACAAGAGGUGCGUGGAGACAAGGACACCAAUUGUUAAAUAUAGAGCGAGUACGAGGAAACUUGGCAAAUGAGGCAAAAAGAGUGAGAGAUGACUUUUGCGAGUACUUUAAUGGUAACGGUUCAGUCCCUUGGCAAAAUAAUUGCCUAAUUUAG